AUGUCUCCUCCCCCAGUUCUCCUCUUGCUAGGUGCAGGACCCAAACUUGGGACCAAGAUCCCGGAAGUCUUCUCCAAGAAGGGCUACAAAGUCGUUCUUGUAGCACGUUCCUUCGAAGAGGGAUUACAGGACAAUGGAUACUAUUGUAUACGAGCAGAUUUCAACAACCCUGAAUGCAUCCCUGAAGUGUUUGAGAAGGCGAAGAAAAACGUUGGCAUCCCAACCGUGGUAGUGUACAACGCUGUUCAAUACAAACUUGAUGAUCCAGAAGACCCUUUUGCUUCUCUUGCCCCGGAGUCGGUCUCACAGUUUCAUACUGCAAUAGCAGUGAAUGGCACCACACCUAUGGUUGCUUUGCACCAGGCGAUUACUUCUUUCCGGGCUCUGCCUACAGAUACCAUUGGCAAGACUUUUAUUUUCACUGGAAACAUCCUCAACCACUCCCAAUUCAAGAACAGACUAUGCUUUGGGAUGGCCAAGACUCUCUGUGCCUACGGUAUUAGGUUUGCUUCGGUAGCUUACGAGAAAGAAGGAUUCAAAUUCUACUACGCUGAUGAGCGGACACCCUCAGGACUACCGGUUAUGCGAGAUAUCAGCGGCGAUGCAGCAGGAACAGAAUAUCUCAGCUUGGCUGAGAAUAUUGCGCAACAGCCUUGGUUGUACACCUAUACUACAGAACAAGGAGUCGGCGACACAAUGCAACAGGAGGACAGUACACAAUUCACCUUGGCAAAUCUGCCGUUAGGAAUCGCCAGAAGAAAAGGACCUGGGCUUCCUCCUGGCAUCGUGACCCGCCUGUACGAUUUUGUGUACUUCGUAUCGGUCCUUCAAAGCAAAGGCCUCCUUCGGCGAUUUGAUGCCGAGCUGGAAGAAGCACUGCAAAGGAGCACAUUAAAUGACCUGGCUGCUCUAGGUAUUGCCGGCCAGCGGCAGCUAAGAGAAGCACUCCGCAAGGUAUUUACUACAGCGACGGAUGAGCAUCUUUCAGCAUGUCGAGUGCUGAAGAAUGAAGUCGUAAUGAUGCUUCCUGUUAAGGUCGGCGAUUUUUCAGAUUUCUCUUGCUCACUCGACCAUGUUCUGAAUGCGGGUGAAGCAGUCAUGGGGGUUCGAUCUGUACCACCAGGCUUUCUACACUUCCCGAUCGGCUACGGUGGCCGUUCUUCCUCUAUCGUGGUGUCCGGUAGCGAUGUGACACGGCCACGUGGACACUUUAAAGACAAUGGGGAUGUCGUUUUCGGCCCUUCACGUGCGGUUGACUUUGAACUUGAAGUUGCAUGUGUCGUUGGCAAACCAACAACCGGUCAGCCAGUAAAUGCAGGCAACGCCGGGGAGCAUAUUUUUGGCUUUAUACUGCUGAAUGACUGGAGUGCGCGUGAUAUACAGGGAUUAGAAAUGCCUCCUCUUGGCCCUUUCAAUGGAAAAAGCUUUGGUACUACCAUUUCCCCUUGGGUUGUCAUGGUAGAUGCGCUGCGGCCGUUCCUACUCCCUGUUCCGCAACGACAGAAGGCAACGGCAGACCACUUCUCGAAACAGGGUGAUCUUGCCCACUAUGGGGUAAAUCUAACUGCCAGUAUCAACAACUCUAAUUCCUCAACUAUAGUUUGUACUUCACGGCUAGACUGGAUAUACUGGACGAUGAACGACAUGAUCGCACACCAGACCUCCAAUGGUUGUACCAUAGUCUCAGGUGAUCUCCUGGCAACAGGAACGGUGUCCGGGGCGGAAAAAGGGUCGCAUGCAUGUUUGCUUGAAAUCACAAAGGGUGGUAAGGAGUCGCUCACUCUAGGUGAUGGCAGCCAACGAACGUACCUUCACGAUGGUGACACGGUAGUUCUGGGUGCAUGGGCUGGUGAACUUGGAUCAGAUAAUUGUGUGGGCUUCGGAAACUGUCUUGGUACUUUGCGACCUGCUAUCCGUCCCCAAGGUAUCCAAACAUAA